GUUCCGGCCGGCGCGCGACUCACGUCCCGAGGUCCUCGCCGUCAUGCCAUGAGGAUGGAGGCGCUGGUGGACCCGGCGGACUCGAACAACAACCAGUCGGGCCUCGGCCCCGUCCCCGUCGCCGGGAUGGUCGCCGGGGCCGGGGCGGUCGACAAGUACUCCCUGCGGCCGCGCUCCCUCAAGAAGCGCGCCGAGACGGAGCUUCGCCGGCAGCAGGCCGCCGCCGCGGCUGCCCAGCAGCACCUGGCCGUGGCGCUGCAGGGCGGCAUGCGCUACGUGCAGCACCAGCAGCACCCGCCGUCGCCCGCCCCGGUGGCGCCGCCCGCCGCGACCACGCGCCCCAGCCGGCCCAAGCAGAAGCCCGCGCCGCUCAGCAAGUACCGGCGCAAGACGGCCAACGCGCGCGAGCGGUCGCGCAUGCGCGAGAUAAACGUGGCGUUCGAGACGCUGCGGCGCGCCGUCCCGCACACGUCCGCGCCCGCCUGCACCAGCGAGAAGCUCACCAAGAUCACGACGCUGCGCCUCGCCAUGAAGUACAUCGCGGCGCUGUCGCAGGCGGUGCGCGAGGCGCAGCAGGAGGAAAUGGGCAGCAUGGACUCGGUGGACGCGGCGUCGCCGCUGACCCUGGCCGACGACCCGACCGCCUACACGCCGCCCCUGUUCGGCGCACCGGACUCGCCGUGCUCGCUGGGCUUGGGCCUGCCCACGUUCGACCAGUUCCGCGGCUGCGGCAGCGCCUCCAGCUCGUCGAGCCUCAGCGCCAGCCAGGGACUCGGGGACGCCGACUUCGCCGACCACAACUCUCUGCUGUCGGCCGACUUCGCCGACUUCCCGGAGCCCUCGCUCGGCAUGGGCAGCAUCGCCGACCUGGUGGACCCGUGCCUCACCGCCGUGGCGCUCACCUCCGAUGACUUCUACGACGCCACCUUCAUGACGGAUUUCAGUUAGCUGUGUGUUUCUAGUGAAGUACACGUGUUGCCUGACGCACUGCCAGCCCCGUGCCGGGUCCGCCGUCGGGCCCGGGGUGUACUCGCUUCCGAGGGGAUUCGAGCUGGCGAGUGCCGACACUUCACGGGGUUCGAAUCCCGCCGGAAGCGGCCGACACCGUUCGAAACUAUAGCAUCAAAAUUCUUGUUCCCUCCGCGCGUCGAAGCAGGGCGCGGGUAUUGGAAAACGACCGUCGUCUCCGCCAAACGGCUCAAUUACUUCGUCCGAAUGAAAGUGUGCUUUUUUUGUGGGAGCGGCCGAUUGUGUAGACUGGUGUGCCCACGGGCCGCGCCUGCCGCGCCUGCCGCGGCGUGUGCUGGGGUGAGGGAUCCAGGUGGGCGAUCCCGGCCUAGGCCGCACUGUACAGGAAGGGGACCGGGGUUUGCGUGGGCAUGCACUGCAACACUAACGGCCUGCCCUGCCCUGCCCCGCCGCAGCCAAAGCUAUUAUCCCGGCUAUGAAUGAAUGCACACGAGGGAAGAGUAAGCCGCGCCCAGUCAAAACGUCUCAUUUCGACCAAACAAAACGUUUCACAGCGUUAUUCUCGGGUUUCUUUUGCAUUUUAUUUUGCCUUUACUGACCUGAUUUUGUUACUGCCGUAUGCGGACCACAAGUUGUUUUUUUUGUAUUUGUUUGUAAGAUAAAAAGAUGUACCUGUAACGUUUUGUGAUCUGAUGCAAAGGAUAUUGUACAGGACGAGUAGAUUUUCGGCAGAGUCGCAUUUUAUGCGCGUGCGCAUCGGAGCACAGAGAAGAGAAGUUCGUAGUAAAAGUUGACGACGAAUAGAUUUUACUUCUCCCUUUUUUUGUAUGAUUCUUCCUCAUUUACCUGACGAGAUUCGCUGCCCUGUCGCCGUGCAACGUAAAUUUCUAUUUGGUUACGAAAGACAACGAAAAGUCCCCUCGACGAAAAAAAAUAACGUGUGGGCGAGACCGCGGAGGAGGCGUGGUGGCGUCGCGGUAGUCGCUCCGAAUGUGCUGUCACGCCCCGGGCCCUGUUUAUGUGGCGGAACGGUUCAAUCGCUCGGAAGCAAAACGGUCUCCGUAAGCCUACUCCCCUCCUCUGACUUCCUCUCAAUAAUUUAAAAGCGGGCAUAUAUGCUUCGGAAAGGGGGGGGGGUGCUCCUCCUUGUGUUGCCCUUUGAUCUGUGGGAAAAGAAAUUUGUUCGACUUUAAAUAGGCGUCGGAAAGUUAAGUGGGUUAUCAUCAUGCCUGUCUUAUUUUUGGCUAGUCUGAAAGUCUGCAAUUGCCUGUCUGAAUUUUAUAGCCUCUCUCUCUUAUUCUUUUUUCUCUGCCAACUGUAAAAAGAAAACAUACAGCAGCGUAACGUACACUUCGACGUGCCGCUCGCCAAGAAGUAUUUUUCACAGUGUGUAGAGCUCCAAAAGGCCUAUCGAUGACGGUCUUCUUUCGUUUCCGUUCACGUAGGAUUCGUCUCUCUCUGUAUUUUUUCUCUCUUGCGGAGCCUUUGUUUGUCUUUAUCGCCUCGUCCUUCCCCGGGAUGGGAGAGUGGGGUAAGGACGUCCACUUGCGGCUCGUCAGGAAAAGUGCCAUAUGAGCAUUACUUUAAUAUUAUUCUCUUGUUUUGCCAUGCCAAACCAGCCCGUGAAAAUGCCAUAAUGCCAUAUAAUGAGUAGAAGGCCUGCAAGAGACCUUAUUGCAGUGUCUUAUGUCCUGACUUUUUCCUUAUGUGUGUAAUUUAUAAGAAUGAAUGUAAAUGAGUGCCAGGCGUUGUGCAAUUGCCGAUUUAUUUGUAAAUACACCAGGGUAUGCGUGUAAAUCAUGUGAGAAAAUAUGUUUAGUGUGUUUAUAACGUAACGUCAUUUCUACCGUCCUUAUGUUUAAAUGUAUAUUUUUCGGGUAAAAAUAAAUAGGUUUAAAUUUAAGGUCUACAUAUCAUUAAAUUAUUGCUAGGAAAAUCCUUACUCUUGUUGUAAUUUGUUGAAUAAUUUUCAGAGUAUAUUUCGGUAUUGUCUUCGUAAGUACUGAUUUUCUAGAUCGCGCGGAGCGCAAAUUGUAUUUUCUAUGUAGUGUUUCGUCUGUAGGGAUGUUGUGUUACCGAUUGAUGAGAGGAGAUUUGUUCUUGCCUGCAAAGAGUUGUGAAUUAUAGAAAACCUGUUACUA